CCGGAAGCAGACUUCGGGCCGCUGCUGCCUUUCCACUUCUGUAACCAUUUCUGUAAAUACAAUUCCUAUCGAAAUGCUCAUCCGUGAAGGAAGUGUUUUGGAUUCGUUUCCUAACACAUUACAGUCAAACUUCCAAUGACUGCAACAGGAAAUGUCUCAAAGUUCCUCAGGUGUGUACACAAGCAGUGAUAGCUUUCCAAAAUCAUUUUCCUCUGGAUAUUCCGAGUUAAGCAGUACCAGUAUUUCUCUGCCAUUUGCAACCAGACACAGGGUGUUAGAUGAGCAAACUUGUGAUUCCGGCUUAUGUUCACCAUUACCAUCUGAUAGAUUUAAGUAUAUCACCUGGCAUCAGUUAGAAGGGCAUGACAUCCAUGGAACACAGAUACAUUGUCCUCGUGUAAGAAAAGCUCCUUCAGAUGAACAACUCUUUCUUAGAGGAGAAGAAUGUGGUCAUUUAAUGAGAAAGAGGAAAACAGAGAAGGAAGAUGUGAAGAACAGAUUGCAAGAAAACUGGGAAAAUUCUUUGGAAGUUAACCUGUCAUACCAGGACCUAGGAGACUCCUAUCAGCAAGAAAACUUUUAUAGGAUUCUUCGCAGAUUAAUCAGAGUGGAAAAACUACAGCUGAUAGACAACUCGUUAAUGGAUCUGAGCUCUUUCAGACUGCCAAGAUGCAAGGAGCUAAACCUUAACAAAAACUAUUUUUCAUCUUUCAAACAACUGCCAAAGAUUCCUCAAAUCCAACAUUUGUCGUUGGCCGAAAACAACAUUCAGACACUCUGUGGACUGUCAAGCUUAAGAAUGUCUCCUUUGGAAUCAUUAAAUUUGAAAAGAAACCCUUGUGAGUUUCAAGAACAGUACAGGAUGAAAGUAUUUUCUAGUUUGCCAAACCUGAAAGUACUGGAUGGGAUACCUAAAAUGCCAACAGACUGUGCCCUAGCCGAGCAGUCAUUAAUUUCCAAAAUGUGUUUAAUUCUUUAAUAAUAGUUGAUUUUACUGAAGAAACAGACAAUGAAAAGACAUUUCUUGAAAACAGUAAUUGUCUGACCUGUACUAUUUCUCAGUAUAGUGUACAUAGUGGUCAGAGUAUCAGUCAAGCUACUUUUUUAGUGCCAUAUUGAUUAUCUGCCAUAUAGUGUUGCACACCGAAGAUGGCACAUCAUUUCACUUCAUUUAGCCAGUUUUGUGGCUAAGAUGGUAAUACUGUCAAUUUUGUGCUUUAUUUUUUUAUUUAAAGUUGUUUGUUUAGAGAGUUAUCUUACCAGAUGCACAAGACAUACUUAUUUUUUCAGGGGAAACCUGAGAGACAAAGUUAAUAAAAAAUAUUGAUAGAAAGAA